AAAGAUGCUGAAUAACUCUCAAAACUUCUCUUUUCAAUCAAACACACCGUUCAGUAAUUUUGAAAAUAAUGCAACGGUAAUGGUAUAUGUUGUUUUAAUUGUUUUGGGUCUGAUAAUUAACUUGAUUGUCAUCGUUAUCUUCUAUUUUAAAAAUGACAAAAAAACAAAGUUCUGCAGAUUCCUUCUACAUUUGUCGUUCAUCAACAUCGGGCAGUAUUGUGGAAUUAUGCCCUACUUAAUUAUAAAUACACGUAGUAUUUUUUCAACUCACAAACAUUUGGAAAGUUUUAUGUGUAGUAUAAGCGAUGGGCAUAGUACAAUGAUGGUUUUUUCAAUGGCAUCAUGCGUUUUAUUAUUUUUCAUGUCUAUUUUAAGAUGCGAGAUAAUGAUCAAACCGUUUCGUAAGUUUGUAAAUAACAAAAACCUUUAUAAAGUCUUUUUAGUAACGUGGCUUUUUGCUUGUAUAUCUUUUAUUCCUUAUAUUUUGUCAUAUGAAUUUGAUCGUGUAUCUGGUAUUUGUUUCCGCAGCUGGAUAAUAAGCGAUUCGUUUGGAACUUCUUAUAUGAGCAUUAUGUAUAUCUGUGGGCUUGUAUUACCAAUUUUAGCUAUGACUUUAGCUUGUAUUAUUAGUUACAUUAAACUAAAUUCAAAACAUCUAAAAAAAACGUUGGUACGAAAAAAUCGCAAAAGUGUUCUCAUUAAGCUAACGUGUUUAAUUGUCAUUUUUACAUUGACAUGGUUUCCAUACUCUGUUUACUGGGUGAUGACGUAUACCACUUUUGCAGGAAGAAAUAUUGAUAAGCAACUGAAGAGAUUAAAAUUACUUAGAUAUGUUCUAAUGCCUAGUUUAGCAGGAGGUAUUGCUGGACCGUUGUUUAAUAUUUAUCAUUGGGAACCUUUUAUAAAAUCAGUUCAACACUUAUCUAACAAUUUCAGAUUUGCAAACAAAGAGAUUCAGCAGGUCAGGUUUUAUCUUUCUUCUAGAAUUUUAUUUCAGACUGAAAGUGAAAAUAAAUUUUAAAAUAUUACCAUAAAUAAAUAGCUUUUGAACAAAAAGUUUUUCAAGGAUUUGGAGACUUUAUUCCGACUUCUUUUAAUAUUUUAAAG